UACCUAAAAGUUAAAGUACCGGCAUUUCAGAGCUACCCCUUCAUUGUGUACUUCCUUGUUAGGGUUUCCAUGGCAACGACGCUUUAACGUAAUAAACUGUAUGGUAGUAACAGUUGUCUUCCUCGGCUGGGUAACGUGAACAUUACGGGUCUUUUUACACUCUUACCAAAGUGACAUUUAUUGGAUGGACACUCGAUAAAGGUAACAGUUUCCGCUUGUUGGUUUCUCUGCCAUUUCUUUUCUCUUCAUGCUAGCUCGGUUUUUGAGAGGUUUGUCAACAUCCGGCAUACUUUUUUUAUGUAUCCGUUUCUUUUUUUUUAAGUAUCCUUGGCAUCCGCCUCCUGGACAUUCAGUGUCCCAAAAGAUGGAUGGCUGGAAAAAACUUCCAGUCCUGCCACCUAUUAAAGGAAGGUGGAGGCCGGACGAACUCGAAAAGAUCAUCACCAAGAAAAGAGAGAUGGAGGAGGAGCAGGAGGUCCACGAGGAGAAACUGAGGCGACUAAGCAGCAAAAUAGCACAACAGCAAAACAAAUCCCUCACAAACUUGGUCUCCAGAGCCAAAAAAGAGAUGGAGAAAAGCCAAAAAGAAGGAGCUUGUCGUCUUUCACCAGAACCCCAAUUUCCUCCUUCGAUGCUAAGUGAGGAGCAACAGCGCCUGAAAACAUACAAUUUCUUAAAGCAUUGUGUGGAGAGCCGAUCUGAUGACUACAACAUGCCACAAGACUGGAUGGACAAUAUUUUAGCUAGAGUCCCAGCUAAGCUUAAAGAGACACCAAAUCGAAAGGAACACACGGAGGAACUCUGCAACUUAGUCAAAGAUGAUUUCAAGAAAGUUUUGGUCCAGUAUACAGUGGACUCUGUGUUAAAGAAUCCCCUAAACGAAGAACAGAACUCAGAAGAACAGAUAUUAUCACAGCCAAGAAUUGUUGAGUUUUCCCAGCCAAGGUAUGAUAGCUUUUUGAAAACCAGAAGCUGGACUGAAAAUAAGUUGCACAUCGUUGAACCAGUGAUGCAGUCUAUUUUGGAUAUUGGCAUUACAACAUUUUCCUCUCUGGUCCUUGUUAAUCUUCCAGAGUACAGAGCUUUAGGACCCAUGGACUGCAAAACUCUGCAGAACAAACUAACUUUGGAAUGUAAGAGGAAGGAAGACAGUGUCAUGAGUAUAUGGUUCCCCCAGAUCCUCAAGCUGUUCAAUUUUGAAAAGAUACAAGAAAGCACUGAUGACCAGAAACAAGCUUCCUUCUACAAAUGUGCAUCAACCCUCAUUUCCAAUCAGCUGCGAUCCGCCCUUCACAAAAGUAUAGAUGAGUUUGUCAGCGUGUUCCACCCAAGCCGAAAACACUGCCUGCCCAUCUUUCAAAUGGCUUUGACGUUUGACGAUGAGAAAAUGGAAAUGUAUCCCACUCCUCGAGACGUGGAAACAUCUGUUCUGGAGAUCCUAAACGUCAUCACAAAUACGUUUCAGAAAGUUCAGACUGUUCAGUCGUGGUUGGGGCACACAUCACCCUCUUUUGUGAAUGCCAAGGUGACUGAGGAUUACUUUUCGUGGGCUCAGACCACUGUGAAGAAUGCUGUCCUGAAAAACAUGGAGGAACCUGGCAAACAUUUCCAAAGCUAUGUUGACAGCUACCGUUGGCUUGUGAAUGGAACUGCCCGGACUCAAGUUGACACAUUUUUUAAAGAAGAGCACUCCUUUGAGGAUUAUACUAAGAAAGUGGAGGAGUUCCACAAUCUGGCAAAAAAGAUCAUCAGCCUUCCAUCAAAAGUCUACUUCACAAUGGUCCAGCUGGACUGCGAGGAGCUGAAACAAGGGCUAGCCAACAAAGCCAAAGGCUACGCUGACCUGCUUCUGGAGAAACUGGUGAUCAGACAGCGUCAGCAAAGUCUACUGAUCUGUUCUGAAUUUGAAGCCAUCAAAAAGAGGAUUCUGGACGUUCCAAAAAGCACAGAGGAAAUUGCUGAGAUGGAAAAAUACAUCGAUUUUACCAAGAAAAAUGUCAUUCCAGAGCUAAAUAAAAAAGUGAAGGAUGCCAGCAGCCACAUCAUCUACCUACUGGAAACCCAUGUUGCUAAAUCAGAAGACAUCAAGCUAAACUCUACGGUUUAUCUCUGGCCGCACAACAUCCUCCUUGCAUUUGAACAGAGUGAAGAGGUGCUGCAGAGUUCCAGACAGAAGGAAGAGAAAGAGCUGUUAGCCAAAAGAGAAAGACUGACUGCACAGCUAGAGAAGUUGGAACGCACUAUCAAAACAUUUCCUCUCUGUUCAGAGUUGGGUUUGAUCCAGGAGUAUGUUGCAGAUGUCCGAACUGCAGGAAAACGUCUUCAGGAGACUGAAGAAACUAUUGCUGGCAUUAAUAAAGAAGAGUCUUUCUAUAAAUGGGAGAUAACAUGUUACCCAGAAGUGAAGGCUAUGAGAGAGCAAAUGGAGCCGUACCAGAAGGUUUUUGAAUGUAUCCUGAAGUGGCAGCAUGCAGAGAGCAGGUGGAUGGAUGGUUCCUUCUUGGACUUAAAUGGGGAAACCAUGGAAACUCAAGUCGACGAGUUCUAUCGGGAGAUCUACAAGAUGUUGAAGUUUUUCCAACAGAAGCAGAGUAAAGCUGCUCAGGAAAUGGCAAAGACUUACAGGAAGGCAGAAGGACAACCAGAUGAGAAGGAUCCAAUCAAGCAGGAGAGUCCCACAGUUAAUUUGUGCUCUAUUGUUAUAGAACAGAUCAAAAAGUUCAAGGACUACAUCCCUGUAGUGUCCAUUCUCUGUAACCCAGGUAUCAGAGGUCGUCACUGGGAAAAGAUGUCCCAGAUAGUGGGGUAUGACCUCACCCCUAAUUUUGGUACAUCACUACGCAAACUUUUACAACUGAAACUGGAACCUUUCCUGGAAGAGUUUGAGUCGAUCAGUGUUGCUGCCAGCAAAGAGUUUUCUCUGGAGAAGGCGAUGCAAACCAUGACACAGGUGUGGGAUGCUGUUUCUUUCCACCAUCAGCCUCACAAGGACACUGGCGUUUCCAUCUUGACUGCCUUGGAUGAUAUUCAGAUGAUGCUGGACGACCAGAUUGUGAAAACUCAAACCAUGAUGGGCUCACCAUUCGUCAAACCUUUUCAAAAUGAAAUGAAGCAAUGGGAGGAGCGUCUGCUUCAUAUCCAAGAAUCCAUCGAUGAAUGGCUAAAAUUGCAGGCCCAGUGGCUUUACCUGGAACCCAUAUUUUCAUCUCAGGACAUCAUGCAACAGAUUCCGGAGGAGGGAAGACUCUUCCAAACUGUUGACCAAAACUGGAGAGAGAUCAUGGGUCAUUGUAUCAAGGACCCAAAGGUUUUGCAAGCAACCUCACUUCCUGGUUUACUGGAAACACUGCAAGAAUGCAAUGCCCUUCUGGAAAAAAUUAUGAAAGGUCUGAAUGCCUAUUUGGAGAAGAAACGACUAUUUUUUCCAAGGUUCUUCUUUUUGUCCAAUGAUGAAAUGCUGGAGAUUCUUUCUGAAACCAAAGACCCUCUGCGUGUCCAGCCUCAUCUAAAGAAAUGCUUUGAGGGCAUUGCCAAACUGGACUUCUUACCCAAUCUGGAUAUCCAGGCCAUGUACAGCAGUGAGGGAGAGCGUGUUGAGCUGAUCCAGAACAUCUCCACAUCUGAAGCCAAAGGAGCUGUGGAGAAGUGGCUCCUUCAGCUGGAGGAUGCGAUGGUUUCCAGUGUAAGGGAUGUAAUAGAUCGCUCCAGAGUGGCCUAUGAAAAGACUGCAAGGAACCAGUGGGUCAAGGAAUGGCCAGGACAGGUGGUGCUCUGCAGCUCACAAAUUUUUUGGACUUUGGAGGUUCACAAGGCCUUCGAGACAGGAACUAAUGGUUUAAAGAAGUACUAUCAACAACUCCAAAAUCAAUUAAAUGAUAUUGUAGAACUGGUGAGAGGAAAACUGCCCAAACAGACGAGGACUACUCUUGGAGCUCUGGUAACAAUUGAUGUCCAUGCCAGAGAUGUAGUCAUGGAGCUCAUUGAGAAAGGUGUAUCGCAUGACACUGACUUCCAAUGGCUGGCUCAGCUUCGCUAUUACUGGAUGAACGACAAUGUUCGCGUCCACAUAAUAAACUGUGAUGUAAAAUAUGCCUACGAGUACCUGGGGAACUCACCGCGUCUAGUGAUCACUCCUCUGACAGACAGAUGCUACAGAACCCUGAUUGGAGCGUUCCACCUGAACUUGGGGGGCGCUCCGGAGGGUCCGGCUGGGACAGGAAAGACUGAAACUACAAAAGACUUGGCCAAAGCGCUUGCUGUUCAGUGCGUGGUUUUCAACUGUUCAGACGGACUGGAUUAUCUCGCAAUGGGAAAAUUUUUUAAAGGUCUAGCUUCAUCUGGAGCCUGGGCAUGCUUUGAUGAAUUCAACCGCAUUGAGCUGGAGGUUCUAUCUGUAGUGGCCCAACAGGUUCUCUGCAUUCAGAGGGCCAUCAUGCACAAACUGGAGCACUUUGACUUUGAAGGGACCAUGCUCAAACUGAAUCCCAACUGCUUUGUGUCCAUCACAAUGAAUCCGGGCUACGCAGGACGUUCAGAACUGCCAGACAACCUCAAGGUCUUGUUCCGCACGGUAGCCAUGAUGGUUCCAAACUACGCUCUAAUAGCAGAGAUCUCUCUGUACUCCUAUGGCUUCCUCAACGCCAAACCCCUGUCAGCCAAAAUUGUGAUGACCUACAGGCUUUGCUCAGAGCAGCUCUCAUCCCAGUUCCACUAUGAUUACGGAAUGCGAGCUGUCAAAGCCGUCCUCCUGGCUGCUGGGAACCUCAAACUCAAGUUUCCUAAUGAGAAUGAAGACAUCCUGCUCCUGAGAUCCAUAAAAGAUGUCAAUGAGCCCAAGUUUCUAUCCCAUGAUAUUCCGCUGUUUAACGGAAUCACCAGUGACUUAUUCCCAGGCAUUUCCCUUCCUGUGGCUGACUAUAAGCUUUUCUUAGAGGCUGCUGAAGAAUGCUGCAAAAUUCACAAUGUCCAGCCAACUCCGGUCUUCAUGGAAAAGCUGAUCCAGACGUACGAGAUGAUGAUUGUUAGGCAUGGGUUUAUGUUGGUGGGAGAAUCAUUUGCUGGAAAAACUAAGGUACUGCACGUUCUGGCGGAUACUCUAAGCUUAAUGAACGAGAGAGGACAUGGUGAGGAGGAGAAGGUCAUCUUCAGGACACUGAAUCCAAAGUCUAUUACCAUGGGACAACUCUUUGGACAGUUCGACCUUGUUUCCCAUGAGUGGACAGAUGGAGUUGUAGCCAACACUUUUCGUGAGUUUGCUUUGGCUGAAACGCCAGACCGCAAGUGGGUGGUGUUUGAUGGUCCCAUUGAUACACUGUGGAUUGAAAGUAUGAACACUGUCCUGGAUGACAACAAAAAGUUGUGCCUGAUGAGUGGGGAGAUCAUUCAGAUGUCCAGUCAGAUGAGUCUAAUAUUUGAAGCGAUGGAUUUGUCACAAGCUUCGCCUGCCACGGUCAGUCGAUGUGGCAUGAUCUACAUGGAGCCGUCUCAGCUUGGCUGGAAGCCUCUGGUGAUCUCCUGGAUGAACACGCUUCCUGAUCCUCUGCAAAACCCAGAGAAUCAUUCCCUCAUACUGGAUCUCUUUCACUGGCUCAUUCCACCCUCCCUCCAAAUGCUGCGCAAGCACUGCAGGGAAGUUGUCCCCACUAGCAACAGUCACACGGUGGUAGCGCUCUGCCGAUUGUUCAAAAUGAUUCUGGAUGAACCAUUGAAAACAGAACCUGAUGAAGAGAGUAUCCACACUUGGAUCAUGGCAGCCUUUGCUUCCUCCCUGGUGUGGUCCGUGGGUGGCUGCUGUGACACGGAUAGCAGAGAAAAGUUUAGUGACUUCAUCAGACAAAUCGUUUCAGGAAAAGACAAAGAACAUCCAAUCCCUGAAACGAUUGAAAGAUGGGAGUGUCCAAUAAAUGAGAAAGGCCUGGUGUAUGACUACUUUUAUGAGUUUAAAGAAAAAGGUAGAUGGAUCCAUUGGAAGGACACUAUUCAGAACAUCAACCUUGGAGACAUAAACACUAAAGGGCAGGAGAUCAUUGUUCCCACCAUAGACACAGUUCGGUACACGUACCUGAUGGAUCUCUGCAUCAGCCAAGGAAUCCCUCUCCUAUUUGUUGGUCCUACUGGUACUGGGAAGUCGGUGUACGUUAAAGACAAACUGAUGAACAAUCUGGACAAAGAUAGCUACCUUCCAUUUUUUAUCAACUUUUCUGCCCACACAAGUGCAAACCAGACUCAGAAUAUCAUUAUGUCCAAGCUAGAUAAGAGAAGGAAAGGGGUGUUUGGCCCUCCUUUGGGAAAAAAGUAUGUCCUGUUUGUGGAUGACCUGAACAUGCCUGCCCGGGAACAGUUUGGAGCACAGCCUCCUGUGGAGCUCCUACGACAGUUUUUAGACCAUGGACACUGGUAUGACUUGAAGGACACCUCCAAAAUCAGCCUUGUGGAUGUUCAGUUCAUCUCAGCGAUGGGUCCCCCUGGUGGUGGAAGGAAUGCUGUAACUUCUCGAUUCCUUCGGCACCUCAACGUCAUAAGCAUAAACCCUUUCAGCGACGACACCAUGGUUCACAUUUUCUCGAGUAUUGUGUCCUUUUCUAUGAAAAAGAAUUUGUUCCUACCUGAGUUUGUCAACGUGGGAAACCAAAUCGUCACAGCCAUGAUGGAAGUGUAUAAGAAAGCCAUGGAGAACCUGCUUCCCACUCCAGCCAAGUCUCAUUACACCUUUAACUUACGGGACUUCUCUCGAGUCAUCCAAGGCUGCCUGCUGCUGAAAAAGGAGUCCCUGGAGGACAAGCACACUCUGAUCCGAUUGUUUGUCCAUGAGGUCUUUCGCGUCUACUAUGAUCGCCUUGUUGAUAACGAAGACAGAACGUGGCUCUACCAACUAAUGCAGAGCAUAGUCAAGGAUCACUUCAAUGAGCCGUUUGACCAAGUUUUUGAGCAACUGAAGCAAGACGAUAAAGAACUGGAGGAGAAAGAUAUGCACAACCUACUGUUUGGGGACUACAUGAACCCUGACCUGGAGGGUGAUGAGCGUUUGUACACUGAGGUGCCCUCGGUUGAAACCUUUGCUGAGGUGGUCAAAUCGUGCCUUGAAGAAUACAACCAAAUGCACAAAAAUCGAAUGAAUCUGGUCAUUUUCAGAUAUCUCCUGGAGCACUUGUCACGUAUCAGUCGUAUAUUAAAGCAGCCUGGAGGCAAUGCUUUGCUAGUUGGAGUCGGAGGCAGCGGACGGCAGUCCAUAACUCGUCUGGCCACAUCAAUGGCCCACAUGACCUUAUUCCAGCCGGAGAUCUCCAAGAACUAUGGCAUGACGGAGUGGAGAGAUGAUCUAAAGAUGCUGCUGAAGAAUGCUGGAGUUAAAGGACAAAAGACGGUCUUUCUGAUAACUGACACUCAGAUUAAGGAUGAAGCCUUUCUUGAAGACAUUGACAGCGUGCUGAACACUGGAGAAGUGCCCAAUCUGUUUGCAGUAGAUGAGAAACAGGAAAUCAUGGAGACGAUUCGCCCCAUCGCUCAAGCAGGAAAUAAAAGUGUGGAGCUGAGCCCUUUGACUCUGUUUGCCUUCUUUGUGGCUCGCUGCAAAGAAAACUUGCAUGUUGUGGUGGCCUUCAGUCCCAUUGGAAAAGCAUUCCGAAAGCGUCUGCGGCAAUUCCCAUCUCUCAUUAACUGCUGCACCAUUGACUGGUUCCAGCCGUGGCCAGAGGAAGCUCUUGAGCGAGUUGCCAAUUCAUUCUUGGAAUCACUUGAGAUGAGUGAAAACGAGCGGCAGGAGGUCAUAACCAUCUGCAAAACAUUUCACACCUCCGCAAAUCAGCUCUCAGACAAAUUCCAGGCUGAACUGGGUCGCUAUAAUUAUAUCACUCCUACAUCCUACCUGGAGCUGAUUGCAACUUUCCAGCAGCUUAUUUCUCAGAAGAGAGAGACCAUCAUGAAUGCAAAACAGAGGUAUAUCAAUGGGCUUGAUCAGCUUGCUUUUGCUGAGUCGGAGGUUGCUAAAAUGAAGAAAGAACUGGUAGAUCUCCAGCCCAAACUGGAACAAGCAAAGAUAGAAAACACCAAAAUGAUGGAGGUGAUUGAAGUAGAAUCUAUAGAAGUGGAAGCCAAAAGUAGAGUUGUUCAUGUUGACGAGGAGGCGGCAGCCAUAAAAGCCAACGAGGCCCAGGCUCUGAAGAGCGAGUGUGAGAGUGACUUGGCUGAAGCCUUGCCUGCACUGGAAGCAGCUCUGACUGCUUUGGACACAUUGAAGCCCUCUGAUAUCAGCAUUGUGAAAGCGAUGAAAAAUCCUCCCUCAGGAGUGAAGCUGGUUAUGGCAGCUGUAUGUGUGAUGAAGAACGUGAAGCCAGAUAGGAUACCUGACCCUGCUGGGACCGGAAAAAAGAUAUCUGACUUCUGGGGUCCAAGCAAAAAGCUUCUGGGAGAUAUGAACUUUUUACGAGAUCUUAAAGAGUACGACAAAGACAAUAUUCCUGUUCCUGUGAUGCACACAAUUCGGAAUGAGUUCAUGACCAAUCCUGACUUUGAUCCCAGCAAAGUGGCAAAUGCUUCCUCUGCAGCGGAAGGCCUUUGCAAGUGGAUCACAGCGAUGGAGGUUUAUGACAGAGUCGCCAAGGUUGUGGCUCCGAAGAAAGCGAAGCUUGCAGAGGCACAGGAGUCUUUGGCUGCUACUAAAGCUGUGCUAGACCAGAAGAGAGCCGAGUUGAAGGAGGUUGAAGACCGGUUGACUGCUCUUCAAAAAACUUUUGAGGAGAAGACAGAGGAAAAGGCCCGCCUUGAGAUGCAAGUGGAGUUAUGCGCCAGGAAGUUGGAGAGAGCAGAAAAGCUCAUCGGUGGUCUGAGUGGAGAGAAGACAAGAUGGUCUAAAGCAGCAGAGGACCUGCAGAACACUUACGACAACUUGACAGGAGACGUUCUUAUUUCUGCCGGCGUCAUCGCCUACUUGGGACCUUUCACUUCUGGCUUCAGACAAAACUGCACCAAAUCAUGGACCACUCUCUGUCAAUCUAAAAACAUUCCAUCUUCAGACGAAUUCUCUCUCAGUAAAACUCUGGGGGAUCCCAUUGAAAUCAGGGCAUGGAACAUAGCAGGCCUUCCCAAUGACUCUUUCUCUAUUGACAAUGGUGUCGUUGUAAGAAAUUCGCGUAGAUGGCCUUUGAUGAUUGACCCUCAAGGUCAAGCCAACAAAUGGGUGAAGAAUUUAGAAAAAGACAACAACCUGAACGUGAUCAAGCUAACUGAUGGGGACUACAUGAGAACCCUUGAAAACUGCAUUCAGUUUGGAACCCCACUGUUGCUCGAAAAUGUUGGAGAAGAGCUGGAUCCGUCACUGGAGCCUCUGCUGCUCAAGCAAACGUUCAAACAAGGUGGUGUGGAAUGCAUAAAACUUGGGGAUCGAGUGAUUGAAUACUCGGCUGACUUCCGUUUCUACAUUACGACCAGACUCAAGAACCCUCACUAUCUACCAGAGGUGGCCACCAAAGUGUCCUUGCUCAAUUUCAUGAUCACGCCAGAGGGGUUGGAAGACCAGCUGCUGGGAAUAGUUGUUGCAAAAGAGAGGCCCGAACUGGAAGAGGAGAGGAAUGCUUUAAUCCUGCAGUCAGCUAAUAACAAGAGACAGCUAAAGGAAACAGAGGACAGCAUCCUAGAAACUCUCCAGUCUUCCAAGGGAAACAUCCUGGAGGAUGAAAGUGCCAUUCAAAUUUUAGACUCUGCAAAGAUAAUGUCCAAUGAGAUCACCAAGAAGCAACAGAUUGCAGAGAAAACAGAACUCAAGAUAGCAGAGUCCAGAGAGGGCUACAGAGAGGUCGCCAAGCAUUCUUCCAUCCUCUUCUUUAGUAUUGCUGAUCUCACCAACAUUGACCCCAUGUACCAAUACUCCCUCAUCUGGUUUGUCAACCUCUACAUAAACUCUAUACAAGACAGCAUCAAGUCCAAGGUUCUGAAGCAAAGACUUGAGUACUUGAAAGAUCACUUCACCUACAACCUGUACUGCAAUGUCUGCCGGUCGCUCUUCGAGAAGGACAAGCUUCUUUUCUCCUUUCUUCUCUGCUGCAAUUUGCUGUUAGCUAAGAAAGAGAUCGAGCACUCAGACCUGAUGUUCUUGCUCACUGGGGGAGUGGGUCUGCAGAACACUGUGGCCAAUCCCGACCCCAGCUGGCUUCAGGACAAAAGCUGGGAUGAAAUCUGCAGGGCUAGUGAACUUCCAGAUUUCCAAGGACUAAAAGAGGCUUUCAUCAAAAAUCCAGAAGACUUUAAGCUCAUUUAUGACAGCAAGGAGCCAUGCAGCAUUAGCUUGCCUGCACCCUGGGGUGACAAACUCACAGACCUGCAGAAGAUGAUCAUUUUUCGGUGUCUCCGACCUGAUAAGAUGGUGCCAGCAGUGACUAAAUUUGUGACUCGCAAUCUGGGCAAAAAGUUUGUCCAACCUCCUGCCUUUGACUUAACAAAGAGCUACCUAGACUCAAACUCCACCAUCCCUCUGGUGUUUGUGCUUUCUCCAGGAGCUGACCCCAUGGCAAGUUUGUUGAAGUUUGCCAGUGACAAAAAAAUGGACGGUUCGAGGUUCCAGUCUAUUUCUCUGGGUCAAGGCCAAGGGCCCAUAGCUGCUAAGAUGAUAUCCACAGCCAUGCAGAAUGGAUCCUGGGUGUGUUUGCAGAAUUGCCACCUGGCUGUUUCAUGGAUGUCCAACCUCGAGAAGAUCUGCGAGGACUUCAGCCUCACAACGUGUCACCAAGACUUCCGCCUCUGGCUCACAAGCUACCCCUCACCUAAGUUUCCAGUGAGCAUCCUGCAGAAUGGGGUGAAAAUGACAAAUGAGCAACCGACGGGACUUCGCCUCAACCUUCUGCAGUCUUACUUGACAGAUCCCGUUUCUGACUCAAACUUCUUUAAUGGAUGUCCAGACAAGAAACCAGUUUGGGAGAAACUCCUGUUUGGGCUGUGCUUCUUCCAUGCUCUUGUUCAGGAGAGGAAAACGUUUGGGCCUCUGGGCUGGAAUAUCCCCUACGGGUUUAAUGAGUCUGACCUCCACAUAAGCAUGAGACAGCUGCAGCAAUUUGUGAAUGAGUAUGACAAGGUCCCAUUUGAGGCGAUUACAUAUCUUACUGGAGAGUGUAACUACGGUGGCCGGGUGACGGAUGACUGGGACAGGCGCCUCCUGAUGACCACUUUAGCAGAUUUCUACUGCGAGGACAUAAUCAAAACAUUCCGUUACCCUUUCUCACCCAGUGGUCAAUAUUUUGCCCCGCCCAAAUCUACCUAUGAAGAGUACAUCCAAUUCAUCGAGAAUCUACCACUCAGUCAGCAACCAGAGGUGUUUGGACUGCAUGAAAACGUGGACAUUUCCAAAGACUUGCAGCAGACAAAGCUACUGUUUGAUUCACUGCUGCUUACCCAGGGGGGAGGAGCCAUGGGAGGGGUCAGCUCUGGGGGUGACAGCGCCCUCUAUGAUAUAGCAAACAAUAUACUCACCCAGCUUCCACCCACUUUCGACAGAGAAGCAGUUCUCCUGAAGUACCCUGUGCUCUAUGAGGAGAGCAUGAACACUGUGCUUGUUCAAGAAAUGGAGCGCUACAACAGGUUGUGCAGCACCAUUUGUGUGAGCCUUCAAAACCUUUUGAAGGCUAUCAAAGGCUUGGUGGUGAUGGAUUCAGAGCUGGAGGCAGUCGCAGGAAAUCUGAUCGUGGGCAAGGUCCCGGAAAGAUGGGCCAAAUUCUCUUACCCGAGCCUCAAACCCCUCGGCAGUUACAUUACUGACUUUCUAGCGAGACUCAGGUUUUUACAGAUUUGGUAUGAAAAUGGACAGCCCAAGGUGUUCUGGCUGUCUGGUUUCUUCUUCACUCAGGCUUUUCUAACUGGAGUUAUGCAAAACUUUGCAAGGAAAUACCAAAUCCCCAUUGACCUGUUAACCUUUGAUUUUGAGGUUCUUCCUAUUGAUAAGUCAGAAACCGCUCCUGAAGAUGGUGUUUACGUUAACGGGCUGUUUCUUGAUGGAGCUCGAUGGGACCGAGAGAGUGGAGUUCUGACUGAACAACACCCCAGAAUUCUCUUUGACUCCAUGCCUAUCGUCUGGGUGAAGCCAACGGAAAAAAAGAACAUAAGUCAAACUGACAGCCUGUAUGUCUGCCCUCUGUAUAAGACCAGUGAGAGGAAAGGAACUCUGUCAACAACGGGCCACUCCACCAAUUUUGUUAUUGCAAUGAUGCUGUCAACCAAGAAGCGCCCACAGCACUGGAUCAAGCGCGGCGUGGCCAUGCUCCUCCAGCUAGAUGACUGAUAUCUGAUAACCUCCUACUGCUAUCACACUGACUGGUUCGGGACAGUGCCAUGUACAUGUUUUGGCUAUUUCUGUUCUCAAUUGAGAAUAGUCUAUCUUUAUAAAUAAUCUUCAUUUUACUUGAUUGCUAGCAAUUUCAGAUUCACACCUCAACACAGAGGGCCUUGAGUUACAGGGCAUACUAGUGAAACAAAACUAUAUUUGAAGGAAAUGUUCUAUCAUUUUUUAAAAAUUGUUAAUAAAUUUAAGAAGUAUUAAGAAAAAAAAAAACAA